AUGGUGCCGCCUAAUCAUAAUGCGAUUAAUGACGACGGGCUACGUACUGCCGGAUUGGAUGGUUCGUCCGUCGCACAACCGCAGUGGCUCUUUGUUGUCGAUGCGAUCAUCUGGCUGGAGGCGAGACGGUUGUUUGACAUCCUCAGCAGUCGAUGCUCUGCGACGAACUACUCCUACUCCGUGCUCAUCUUUGAGAGACACAAGAUUGGGCAGGAGGAGAGUCGGUCUCUGGCCCCCCUGCGAGGGGCGUGGCAUCUCUCCACCCGGUCGCGCUCGUCGCUCCGCUCCCCUGACAGUCUGUCGCCCGUCACUGCGGUGGUCCUGUUCCUGGCAGCCACCAACGCCGGGUUUGAAUCAUCCAUCGCAGUGACCCAACAAAACCUCCGACUGGGAGAAUCAUCUACCGCCUCACCUUGGGAGAUCCACUCCAGAUCGCAGACUAUGACCGUUGUUGCCUACCGUCCUCCGACCGACUUCCUGACCACCGACAUCCGUUCGCUUGCCUAA